GUCCGGUGAAUCCCAGUCUGGAGAAGUGACCCCUAACCUCGUGUAAAUCAACACAUUUCAGUAUCCAGGCACCGCAUCAACCCUGACUGUUCAUCAUUGCUCCGUCCUAAAGUGGUGACCUUGACCUUGAUCUAACCAUGGCAGCCCUUACAGCGCUAAUGGACAAAUAUACAUGGGUCAUGACCGAGUUGAGAGACCCUCGGACGGAUGGAUGGUUUAUGAUGGAAUCUGUGUGGCCGACGGUGGCUGCAGUGUUGGUGUAUCUUGUUGUUGUUGCCUGGGGUAGCAGGCUGAUGUCCAAUCGCCCAGCCUUCAAGGUCAACAACCUCCUCGUGGCGUACAACUUCCUCCUCAUGCUGCUGUGUAUGUACCUGUUUGUUGAGUUUGUCAUCUCUGCCUGGCUGCAGCCGGGGUUCAGUCUAACCUGUCAACCUGUAGACUACUCCAAUGAUCCUAUGGCGGUGCGGCUGGCACAUGUGUGUUGGUGGUUUUACUUCUCCAAGCUUAUAGAGCUGCUAGAUACCGUGUUUUUCGUUCUACGGAAGAAAGGUAACCAGAUCUCAUUCCUCCAUCUGUACCAUCACUCUACUAUGCCCAUUCUCUGGUGGGCAGGGGCCAGGUUCGUCCCAGGAGGUGAAGGUUACUUCUCGGCCAGCAUCAACUGUUUGAUUCAUGUGAUCAUGUACCUGUACUACCUCCUGUCUGCCAUGGGGCCCAGCAUGAAGAAGUACCUGUGGUGGAAGAAGUACAUGACCACAAUGCAGCUGAUGCAGUUCUGGGCCAUCCUCGGCCACACCACCUACUCCAUUUACCUCGACUGUGGCUACCCCCUCGGCUACAACAUCGGCUUCCUCACCUACAUGAUCUCACACAUCGUCCUCUUCUCCAACUUCUACUACCAGACCUACAUCAAUAAGUCCCAGCGUCCCACCUCUCUGGAGAACGGUAGCGCCAAGGCCAAGCAAAAGAAUGGCAUCAUUAACGGCACCGUCCAAAGCGGAGUGACAAAUGGCAGUCUGCGGAAGCGGAUUGAAUGAUGAAGGGCCAGAGUAGUUGUUAGUGAUGUUUGUGUAACUGAAUAUCAGAUAUAACUAACUGACACUCAUGUCAACUGACAAUCAUCCUGCCGAUAGUGCUUACAACAUUCAUUGUACAUCACUGUUCAGGGCUGCUAAACUUGUCAUCAGGGCCCCUACCAAGCUCACCUAUAUCACAUAAUGUACUUAUGUCACAUGCAGUCAUGGCUCAAUAUUACUUCCUCCUCUGCCAAGGGAUCUCACACAGACUGAGACAUACUUUCAGCAUACCAGUGUUAUCAGUGAAUCCACUGCCUUCACAUUGUAGAAUUAUUCUACUGCAGGGAUAGUUUUUAGGGUUUCACUUGUGUUCAUUGCUCACCUUCCAAUGAAAUAUGCCAGUACAGUCUGCAGAGGGAAUAUACGUGUGGCCUGUCAUUCAUUAGUCCAAGGAGAAAGGUGUAGUGAUAUGUUUGUUGCACAAGCCUGGUGAAAUGUCCAUGGAAGAUGAUAUGUAAAUUACAUACACCCGUUGCUAUGUGCAUGGAAAUUGGUGGGUGUAUGAAUGUAUAUUACAUACACCCGUUGCUAUGUACAUGGAAAUUGGUGGGUAUAUGAAUGUAUAUUACAUACACCCGUUACUAUGUGCAUGGAAAUUGGUGGGUAUAUGAAUGUAUAUUACAUACAGCCGUUGCUAUGUGCAUGGAAAAUGGUGGGUGUAUGAAUGUAUAUUACAUACACCCGUUGCUAUGUACAUGGAAAUUGGUGGGUGUAUGAAUGUAUAUUACAUACACCCGUUGCUAUGUACAUGGAAAUUGGUGGGUAUAUGAAUGUAUAUUACAUACACCCGUUGCUAUGUGCAUGGAAAUUGGUGGGUAUAUGAAUGUAUAUUACAUACAGCCGUUGCUAUGUGCAUGGAAAUUGGUGGGUGUAUGAAUGUAUAUUACAUACACCCGUUGCUAUGUACAUGGAAAUUGGUGGGUAUAUGAAUGUAUAUUACAUACACCCGUUGCUAUGUACAUGGAAAUUGGUGGGUAGAUGAUAUGUAUAUUUCACACAUCUCUCAUUAUAUACAUUAAUGGAUGUGUAUUAUGUACACUCAGUGGUAUAUACAGGUAGAUGCAGCUGUAUAUCAUACGCAUAUGACACACACUGACACACACAUGAGCAUGGAGUCACACACACACAUCAUGCAUACACAUCUCACCCACACUCUCUCGCGCACGCACACACAGAGGUAAGGGAAUAUUGGUACAUUAUGGGAUGUUGCGACACCAGCCAAUUUUGAGUCCAUGUAUUGCACGAGUCAAUGAUGUGGACAAGUCGAUGUGGUUUGGGGAGAACACUACACAUUGUCCUUGAAAUGACAUGAGCCUUGGUGCAGUUAUCAUUGAUAUUAGACACUCAUCAUUCAAUUCUGUAUGUUAAUUUAUUGUAAAUAUCCCCAUCUGCACUUUCAUAUUUUCAUGAAAAUAGCCCAUCAAUGCAAUGAGAUUAAUGGUACAGAUAAUUUCAGAGUUCAUGUUUUAAUGGUGAUUAUUAAGCUGGUUUAAUGUAUUUGCUGUUAUAAUUAUUGUGUAAUCAUUGCAAUAAUUCUGCUGGACAUAAUAGCUGCUCUUAAUUAUGCAUUCAUUUAGUUAUGACUUUGCAGGAUGCUGUGUCUUAGAACUGUCAAGCCUUAACUAAGUUAAAAAUAUUGUUUUCCCUGAGUUGACAUUGUCAUCCACAGAGAGAGAUUCUACAUGAAAGCUUGUCAACAGUGUGCAUGUUUUCAGCAAUAACUAUUAACUAUACAACCAUUACUCACCAACUCCAAUCUAAUAUGUUGUGUUCUACCAUUCCAAACAUAUUGGUGGUUAUAUUUUAUUUUGUUUGCACAUAAUUGAGUUGUGAGUUGUUAGCAUGGUUACACUGCUUUUCCUGUAUGGUUGGGGAACUUUUCACGGUAUAUCCCAGUAUAUGUCAACUUCAGUAAUUUCAUAUACCAAUAUACAUGACAUCCUAGGGGGAUCUGUUGAAACAUAUAUCCCAGGUUAUGUGAAGAUAGUUGGACAUGUACCAUUUUAUCAAGUAUUUAGAUUUGUUAAUCUGUGUUUUAAUUUCUGUUUGUUACACAAAACUCAGGACAAUCAACAAGGGGAGACCACUCUUAUGUGUGUCCCAUUUCAUAUUAACCAAGGCUAGAAAAAGGUUAGAAUCAAAACGAUGAGAGAAGGUCAAGGUUAUGGUUAAGAAUAAUUUGUCAUCAAAUGCCAAAAGUGGUCAUGGUUAGGUUUAGAUAAGUUCUAGUUGCACCAUUUGUGACUUCAGUAUAUAAAUGUGUUGAGGAGCAUGUGUGACUGUUGCUACUAGCUGUGGUCAUUCUUGGUAUUCCAGUGAAAUAUGUAAUCAAAGUGCUACCUCUAGUCAGCAGACGUCACUCAGGGUGGCCAUCGCUAGCAGCGUCAGAUCACGGGUGGGCAUGAGUAGCUAAUGGUUGUUAUUUUCUUUGUUAAAGGUUGUGUGCAUUACAAUAUAGUACAAAUUAUUAGAAUUCUAUUUUACAGUUUUUUCCCUUAUGAUAUUACACUCAGAUGUCUUUUUGACUUUUUUAUGCACUUUUAUAUCACAGUCACUGAUGUUUUUAUUUGCAUUUUGUUAUUUUCCUACUACUCAGAUGGUUUGUUUGUACAAGUGCCAAUGUGUAAUAACGACAUCUGUUUUAUACCAGUGAACAAUCGAAAUUCAAGUGGUUGUUGUUGAAUGCAUAUAUUCGAUUACAUUAUUGUCAUUUUUCUUAUUGCAUAAUUGAUGAGACUGACCUGAAAAAGUACAGGUACCUUAUGACUGCUUGCCAUCUGUGUCAUGACAACCCAGUGUGUCUAGAGACUGUAUUUAUUUAUGAAGUAUAUUUGUUUUGGAUGCACUGUUGUUCAUCCGUUUACAAGGCCAAUGAUAAAUAGAAUAUUGAAUAUAUAGGCUUGAAUGCAGAUCCUGUAAAGUGUCUUAAAGUGCGGGAAUGUUGCAGAAGUUUCUUGUCCACAUUUUUUUGCUCUGAAUGCAAAAAUAGAAACCUUUACUUUGAGUAAUAUCAACAUCCAAGAGCGAGACCGUUUUUCUUUAGCUAAAUGUGUGCUGUAUGCUCUUAUUUUGUUAUUGUUUUGAAGUGAGAACAGUAUUUAUUCUUCCCACCGAGCUGAUUUCAGUAAUGAAGAAAUCUUCUGAAGAGGAAUGUUAAGCAUGUGGUUUUAUAAAAGUCUUUUAGUGGAUAAUGAGUAGGAUGUGGGUGCAUGGAGAGAAAUUAAGACUUACAGUCUUCUCUAUCUUUACACGAUGAAGAUUGGCGAGAACUAGUCAUAAAGAAAGCUGAGAUGUAACAGCAUUGCCAAGAGCUCUUUCAUUAUAAUGUCAAAGUUGCUAUAAUAAUAAUGAUCUUGUGUAUUCUUGUGAAGUUAGACUCACAGAUAAACAUUUUGUUCAUGCUAGAUUACUCCUGGUAGCACUUCAACAUUUGCAGUUUAAACUUUCACAUUUGAUAUCUGGACCCAGUAAAGAAAAUUCCUUUUAAUGCACAUGGAUUUAUAAUUGAUGUAUUUGACAAGUGCACAAUUUGAUGCAUUUUUGUAAGAAUUAACAGAUAGCCUUUAACAGUGUAUGACAUAAAGCCCGUCCGACCGACCGAGACGGUCUAGAUUUCUGACGGACAGUCUAAAUUUACAGCAAGCCAGCCCGAUGGUCUGGUAAAUUUUUUAGAUGUUCCUUACAUCUGAGUAUAUUCACCAUAUUUGGUCUGGUUAAAUCCAUUUUGGGCUGGUAACCUUUUUAAAGUUACCAGCCCUGAUGUCUGGCUGGAAAUUUGGCUUAUUUCAUACACUGCCUUCAAUCAUAUUUGGUCAGUUGUAUUCACUAGGAUAAACCAAAGGGAGAUAAUCAAUGUGUGAUUAGAUUAGGGCAUUUUUGUUCUUUGAUGGAAGGUUGUGGCAGAUUGUUCUGGACAGGAAAUUUAACCAUACCAAAGAAAAUAUUUGCAGACCCAUUAUUAGACGGUGAAAUUAAUUGUUUUUAAGGACGUAAAUGACAUGUUUUCACCGUCAAAUAUGAAUUAAAAGUCAGCUGUAUUUUGCAUUUUGUAUUUAGACAUGAUGUGUGGAGAUGCACAAUAACAGGUUGGCUCCGCAUAUAUCUGGGAUGCAACUAGAUAUCUUGGGUGUGAACAUUACAUGGUGCUCAUGUUUCCAAACAGUGUUAUUUACCCUUCAGUCAGAUUCACAUUCACAUCUUUAUUGUUGUUUUUCUCUGCAUACAGAUUCUGAUCAAUUUUACGCAUAAAAUGGCAAUCGUCACUGGAUUCCAUGUUGCUCUAAGUGACGAUAGAAGUCAUAUCUGUAAUGAAACACAUGGAGGUUUUAAGGGGUUAUCUCAGAUAUGAAGCCCAACUAUACAUCUUGCAAAUAAAAUCUGUGUAAUGGUUAACUGCUGAAUUUAUAUAUGUUGGCUCAAUCCAGAUACCUCUUUAAAUAGCCAUGUGUGGAUAUUGUUAUGAACAAUAUUUUUCUUUACUUAGAUAAUGACUGUUGCUUCAUCAGCAUGGAUAUCUAGAGCUGUGAACCUAGUAUCCUGGCUAGCUAUUCUCGAAACUUCUUAAGUCCUACGAACUUCUUAAGCCCAUUCUUAACACAUUGGCUAUGAUCAAAGUUAAGAAUUCUUAGGUCUACGAACGUUUCGAGAAUAAGGGCCCAGGUCUUACGUCGUAAGUGGCAUGGGUAAAGACAUUCAGUGCAAUAUUAAAAGUCUAUUAUAUUACAUCAUGCAGCGUGCUCUGCCUAUCUGAUACCGGUAUGUCUCGUUAGAUUUAACAUCUAUAGUCAAUAACAUGGUACUGUCCGUUCAGAGGUGCCUGUAUAGUGUGAAUGUAGCUUGUAGCUUAUAGCUGUGUUUGAGUGCACACAAAUAUUCCCCCUCCCCAUGGUAAUUUACCUGUAAAAAUGUAAAACCUUGAUAUGAACUACUGUGUCAGGUGAAAUUGUCACGAUGAAUGAACUUCCAGACUUACAGCAUGUACCACUGCAGCUAGUAUAUAUAGAAGUCAAGCCAUUUGGAUCAUCGGAGUCCUGACUAAUAUGGCAGUUGUACCUGGGCAAAAAUGGCCAAGUUACACAGAUAGCAGUGUCAAGCAGUCCUGUGGGUGGAUACAACCAGCACAUUUCUGUCACUUUUUGCCUGUUUUUUUUUCAGGUGUAUGUAUGAAAAAGCAUUACUCAAAUUUACAAAUGGUUAUAUUUUUUACGAGCAUAAUAAGCCAGCUUCUAACAUUUAAUCAAAAUAUUUUCAGCACAAAUUACCUGUGACAGACUAAAGUGGCAUCAAGUACCUUGAUCCAUUCUUUACCUGUGUAGCUUGAAGUAGUACUGCCAUUGAAGAUUUAACCAGUAGAUGUUUGAUUGAUGAAUGAAUUGCAGUCAUGUGCUUUAGAUAUCCCACUUUACAAUGAUGCUGAGCAUUGAACAAACUUGUUGAUAUUACUUAUUCCUAUUUACAGUGGGACUAGUGCGGUUACUUUGGGUUAGCAUUGUGCCAGUGCCUGCACCAAGAAAUGCUUACUAGUAUUUAGAUGGGCGUUAAAAUGAAUGUGUUAUAUUUGCAAGUACAGUCAUCCCUCGCAUUAACGAACUGAUUACCGCCUCGUCAUCCAUGGCCCCCUAGACCCCCGUUAUUGACUCAUUGAAGUCAUGUUUGACAAUUAAUUGCCAACAUUUUGUUUUUAUGAUCAAAGUGGCAUGUACCGCAGGAAGUCAAUGGUGUCUUGUCAGACUCUCAUACAGAGUGCUGAGUCUAAGUUAAUUAUUAUGUUUAAUAUGUAUGUAGAAAACUUGCAUAAUACUAAUACGAUAGCAAUAAAUAUUAUCCCUGUUAAAAUAACUGCUUAGAUAUAAAUUCUUCUGAUAAUGGAAUAGAAAUACUUUGAUGUUAUAUGUUUGGAUCAUUUUUAACUGAAUCACCGGUAGAUUGGAGCAAAAUGUGUACACAGCUGAUCGCUAUUUCUGGCUUUGUUUUUUCACCUCCGAUGAUACGACAUAGUUUUGACUGGGCACAAUACAUGAAAUAGCAGUUCUGCUAUGUCCAUGGAAAUUUUACUUGACAUUCUGUGCUAUGUAAAAUUGCGUGUGUCUCAACACAUCUGGUCGUCCAUGGACGCCAAGACCUGCGUUAUGGUGAGGGAUGACUGUAUUUACAUACCAAGUAUGUCUGGUGAUGUUUUUGUUCAGUCUGAAACAAGAUGGCGCUACUAUUACAUGUUUCUGUAUUUACUGAUUUAUAGUCAGAGCAAAGAAAUUUUAAUGAAGUGUUUAAAAUGUUUUCAAUUUCAUUCUAAUGACAGCAUAACCUUAUGACAAAAAAUCAGAGAAUAAAAUCUAAUAAUUUCUUUAUAGUCAUUUCUAAAUGGCAUUGCGUUUGCAUGCUGUUUAAGUAUAUUAUUUCAGAGCGCACUGAGAUUACAUUUUGCAAUGUUUUAUCCAACAAUGUUAUGAAAGCUAAUUUUCCAAUUUAUGAGCACAUGGUGCCAAAUUUAUAUUGACCAUGAACCAAUAAAACCCUCACCCAAAUA